UUGAGACCUUGACCAUGACCAUUGUCAACAACUUCAGCAAAAUUGUUUUUCAUUCUUCUUCUAAUUUCCUAAUUCCUAAACAAAAUCUUCGACUAGGAUUAAAGCUGCGUUACAUAUUCAUUUUGUGCGAUUAAAUUCUCUUUCGCCGAACAACCAAUCUUCAUCAUCCACUCGCCAGUUGUCCUACUUGUUUGGAAGUUGCAGCAGUUUACUCUGAUGCAGUGCUUCGGCCUCGGAUUGAGUCCAUUUCUGCCAUGAACGUUUGAACCUCCAGCCUCUCGCAGGGAAUUUUGAGGAAAUUCACUCUGGGAAAAUCAGAACAAAACAAGCUUCACCAUGGGAAAGAGACAGCACCAGAAAGAUAAAAUGUACAUCACGUACAGUGAAUGGACAACAUUAUAUGGUGGAAAGAAAGAAGGACCAGAAGUUUCAAAUUUUAGACGUCUUCCUUUCAACCAUUGUUGUGUAUCCCUUCAACCCUACGAGAACCCAUAUUGUGACAAAGAUGGAAAUGUAUUUGAAUACUUAGCAGUACUUAGAUACAUCAAAAAAUUUAAGCACAAUCCAGUCACAGGAAAGCCACUCGAUGCCAAAUCUCUUUUGAAACUCAAUUUUCACAAGAAUGCUGCUGGUGAUUAUCACUGUCCAGUUUUAUAUAAACCUCUCACAAAGCAUAGUCAUAUCGUAGCCAUUGCCACAACAGGGAAUGUUUUCUCACACGAAGCUAUUGAGCAAUUGAAUAUAAAGACAAAAAAUUGGAAGGAUCUAUUGACAGAUGAGCCAUUUCAGCGGAAAGAUAUAAUCACCAUCCAAGAUCCUUCAAAUUUAGCCAAAUUUAACUUGGAGACUUUCCACCAUCUGAAAAACAAUCUGCGUGUAGAAACUGAAGAGGAACUCGAGGACAAAGGGAACCCUGAAGCUAGGCUGAAAACUGUAUCGAAAGAAACGAGAGAUAUCCUUGAUGAAUUGAAUCGGGAAUAUAAGGCACCGGAGAAGGUAGAAGAAGAUAAGCAAGUGGCUGACAAAUUCAAUGCGGCGCAUUACUCGACAGGCAAAGUUGCAGCCAGUUUCACAUCGACAGCUUUAAUUCCUGAAACAAAGCAUGAGGCUGCAAUCAUUGAAGAAGAUGAUGUAAGAUAUCAGCGAGUUAAAAAGAAAGGUUAUGUCCGUAUCGUCACUAAUUUUGGUCCCCUAAACUUAGAACUUCACUGUGAUAAAGUACCUAAAGCAUGUGAAAAUUUUUUGAUAUUAUGUCAAAGAGGUUAUUAUAACAACACCAAGUUUCACCGCUCAGUCCGGAAUUUCAUGAUUCAAGGCGGAGAUCCUUUGGGGACCGGUCUUGGAGGAGAAUCAGCCUGGGGAAAACCAUUUCCUGAUGAAUUCAAAUUCAACCUAACGCACUCUGGUCGGGGAGUACUAGCCAUGGCAAAUUCUGGGCCCAAUACCAACAAAUCUCAAUUCUAUAUAACUUUCCGUUCUUGCCGGCAUCUAGACAACAAACACACAGUUUUCGGGAAAGUUGUUGGAGGCCUCGACACAUUGAACAACAUGGAACAAAUUGAAGUAGAUAACAAAGAUAGACCAAUCGAGGAUAUCAUCAUUGAAAAAACGCAGAUUUUUGUCAAUCCUUAUGAAGAAGUUGAUGAACAACUAGCUGCAGAGCGUGAAGAAGAAAUUAAGAAGGCGAAAAUUGAACGAGUCAAAACACCUCAGUUAGCUGCAGCACCAGGUCAAGAGUUAAAGAAGUUCCGAGAUGGAGUUGGAAAGUAUAUCAACCCAAACCUUACCAAAUUGAAGCGAAAUGAUGACAGUCAGCCUGUAGAGAAAAAGAAGAAAGUCGAUGGAUACAAAUUUGGCAGUUUCAGCAGCUGGUAACUGACUGAGGCGCUCAUCAGGAAAUGCUUGGAAAAAAAGCAUCUGCAGCCAACCCACUAUCAGCAGCAUAAUUCGGAAGAAUUGAUCAACACGAUUUUUUUUUUUUAUUGGUAUGAGAACCAGUUGUUUCACUUUGAAGUGUAAAUUCUCAUUGCAGGUGGACUUGGCGGCUUUGAACCCAGACUAAAGUUUUUUAGCUGUUUAAUGAUUCGAUGGAGGGUAGGGUUUGAAUCAAGGGAUGCCUUUUUUUCGAAUAAGCUCCCCGGUGAGAUAUGCAGGUAGCAUUCUAUUCACACAUCUGCUAAUGCCUUCAACGUAAGAUGAAGGAGUCCACAAAACCCAGUGUUCAAUGGAUAGAUUAAUGUACCUCAGAAUUUACCGCAUUUACAAUUGCAAAAAAAUUGCAUUUAUUACUUAUACGCUUUCAAAUAAAGACAAUUUUUUUAAGAUAAAUUGGUACAGAUUGUGCGGUCCUCAAUAAUUUUUACCGACUAAUGAAAGCAAGGUGGAAGAAAGCAAGGGUGUCACUUUCGAGAUGGAUGACGUCGUCAACCAAAUGGUUCAAAGCGCGAUAUCUCUGUUAAUAUUGAACGUAGAAAGUUGCUGUUUGGAGUGAUCUUAUUAAAUUUAGCUAAUCCACAAGGGUAACGCUUCAUCCUGUCUACAGUCCAUGGACACCAUGAAUAAAAA